AUGUCCCAGGUGCAUGCUUCGUCGAGACUCUUUAGCUCCGCGUUGAUGGCUUCUUUCCAUCUUGACCAAUCAGCUCAUGUCUUCGCAUCUUCUAUGGUGCUUGGUUCCAGGCCCUCGACUUCGCUCAUUCCUGCAAACAUCGUAUGCUCCCAUGCUCCCGCUGCUUUCCUCUCUCUCUUCGUCUACCUUCUGCAUCCCUCUAGGAAUGACUGGAUCCCCUCCUCUACCAUCGUGAACCUUCUAGGACCAGUUGAUUGUUGUUUGAAAUUUGGACCUAAUGGAUCGUUUGGAGGUGGAUUUGUGGUCUGGCGGAGCCCUAAGAGGGGCGUCGUCCGCUAA